UCUGAACUCCUGAAUUUGGCCUGUCAGCAGCAGCAGCACCGGCAGCAGCUGGCUGAGCAGGAGCGGAUCAAGCAGAUUCUGGCCGACCGACAGAGGCGGAUCCAGCAGCAGCAGGAGCAGCGGCAGAAGCUGGAGAACGAUCAUGCUGGCAGACAGCGGAGUGACAAUGUGUCAGUAAGGCCUCUGGACUCCACAGCCGAGCAGAGAGCCGUGGCUCCCAACCCGCCGCUUCAGCACAAGUCCCAGCAUUCACAGUCUAAGCCCCAGCCUCAGCCUCUGGCUCAGCAUCAGCAGCCCUCGGCGAGCCGGAGGUCCCACCGCACGCUGCCCAAAGACCAAACCCAGCUCCUGUCACUGCAGCACGACCACAGGCAGAAGGAGAAGGAGAGACAGCGGCAGAGGGAAGCGCCGGUGGCCCCAGUCCAGAAGUUAUCAGUUUUUAGUGGCCACAAAGCUGCUGCUGCUGCCGCUGCUGCUGCUGCCGCUGCUGCUGCUGCAGGCUCACCUGGCCGCCCUGCAAACACCCAGCGCACCGCGAUGGAGCUCCAGGAAUCCCAGUUGGCCAGGGUGCUGCUGGCUGCCGGGCUUCCCAGUCAAAUGCACUCCAGGCUGGGCUCUGGAAGCAACUCCAGUCCUUGUACCCCCGCCAUGCAGAGAGCUCACUUCAGCCAGAAUGCCAAUCUCAUGUCCAGCCGCGACGCCCCUCACAGCAGCUCGAUGUCAGACAUGGCCAUCUCCCCGCUGUCCCCUUUCUCCCCCGUGUCCCCGACCGAUGACGUCUUCUGGGACUCCGAGGCCCCACCUAAAGUCCCAGAACGCACAACUUCAAAAUUUUACUGCAGAGAGCUGGUGAUGGGACACAAGAGGACGGCUUCGAGUGGCAGUCCGGUGUUGGUGGCAGACCGGAGCGGAAGGUCUGCAUCUCAAGGAGGCUGUUUGUCUAGCAGCAACCACCCAGGCCUGUUCAAGCUUGAAAGUCCUCUGCUGCAGCACCGCCUGCAGCAGCACAGGAAGACUGACGACACAUCCAGUGGACAUGCACAAGGAGUAAAAGCUGUUCUGGGGCGACGUAACAAGGCCACUGAGUACUCCUCGUCCAGCGACGAGUUUGGCAGCAGCGACGAUGAGGAAAGAACCAGGUCCGGCCUGUCCAAUGGAAAAGGGAAGUACUUCAGAGGAAUCCCCGACGGCAUCGUCCUGCAACCCCACCACAAUCUUAACCAGAUGUCCCGGUUGGGUUCGGACGACACCUACCUGCUGCCGGACCUCCUGCAGAAAACCUCCAGUCCGGCGCACAACGCUCUGAGCCAGCACCGCACACGAGAACUGAACUACUCGCUUUCACCCACGGCUCCCGGAUCCCCGACUCUGCAGGAUCUGCAUGCUGUUAGCAGUCCGUCUGGAAAAAGCACCUGCUCUUCUUCCUCUUUGUCCUUCAUCGACCCAAGACUGAUCCCCAUAUCAUCCCCUCCACAGAGUCCAACAGGUAUGAAGGGUGAGCCGCUAAAGAGGGAAUUUCACAGAAAGGGCUCAGUGGUGAACGUCAACCCCACCAACAUUCGACCGCAGAGCGACACUCCGGAGAUCCGCAAAUACAAGAAGAAAUUCAACGCUGAGGUCCUGUGUGCCGGACUUUGGGGUGUGAACCUGUUAGUGGGGACGGAAAAUGGCCUGUGGCUGCUGGAUCGGAGCGGCCAAGGGAAGGUCUACUCGCUCAUCAGCAGACGAAGGUUUCAGCAGAUGGAUGUACUGGAGGGACUUAAUGUCCUGAUUACGAUAUCAGGCAAAAAGAACAAGCUGCGUCUGUACUACCUGUCCUGGUUAAGGAACAAGAUUCUCCAUAACGACCCAGACGUGGAGAAGAGGCAGGGCUGGACCUCAGUAGGUGACUUGGAGGGCUGCGUUCACUAUAAAGUGGUGCGAUAUGAGAAGAUCAAGUUCUUGGUGAUUGCGUUGAAGAACGCGGUGGAGGUGUACGCCUGGGCUCCCAAACCCUACCACAAGUUCAUGGCCUUCAAGUCCUUCAGGUCCCUGCCUCAAAAACCUCUGUCUGUCGACCUGACCGUGGAGGAAGGUCAAAGGUUAAAGGUCAUCUAUGGCUCAUUGUCUGGUUUCCACGCCAUCGAUGUUGACUCCGGAACGCCGUACGACCUCUACCUGCCUACGCACAUCCAGGGUCCCGUCCAUCCUCACGCCAUCAUCAUUUUGCCCAACAAAGCCGGGACCGAGGUCCUGGUUUGCUACGAAGACGAGGGCGUCUACAUCGACACAUACGGCCGCAUCACCAAGGAUACGGUGCUGCAGUGGGGCGAGAUGCCAACAUCUGUCGCCUACCUUCAGUCCAACCAGGUGAUGGGGUGGGGAGAAAAGGCAAUAGAGUUGAGGUCGGCCAACACGGGGAACCUGGACGGAGUGUUCAUGCACAAAAAGGCCCAGAAACUCAAGUUCCUGUGUGAGAGGAAUGACAAGGUGUUCUUUGCUUCGGUGCAGUCCGGCGGCAGCAGCCAGAUCUACUUCAUGACGCUCGGACAGAACUCUCUGUUCAGCUGGUAACCGGCGGAUCUGCUGACUGCUGGCGUCCGUCUUUUUGAUUCUGUGCUCACGCGACGAUUAGAUUUGUGCUGACCGACGCUGAUCUUCAGGAUUGAAGGAUUAUAACCCCAGGUCUAUUCGGCCUGAUCCCACUUCGACAUGAUCUUUCUGCUUGAAUCCACCGAUCGGGCUCCCGCAGCACGAGAGAUUCAGAGACAGGUAACUUAAUCGCUGCGCCCCCUGUUGGCAUGGAUUGUUGGUAGGAAGAGUCUAGCUAGCUGCCAGUGCCUUUGUGAGAAAGCAGCGAAUCUUUACAGCGUUGCUGUCUCAUCAACAUGUAGCAUAGGAACAUCCAAUCUUGGAAGUGUAAAAAUUUCAGAACACGCGCCUGGACGAUUUAAGUUUUUAUUUGUCAGAUCAUUUUUGAUUCAGUUAAUUGUGCGCCGCCCUGAUUUUGUGACGUCUUCUCAAAAUACUUUUUUGUUAUUAUUAUUUCUAGAUCAGUGCUGCCUGUUUGUAAUACCUCAAAGACUUUUAUUAUUCAUCAAGACUUCUAGAUAAUCCCGAUGCGAUCAAUUUCUAUAAUUUAUUCAUCGAUACACGACCACACGAACGAUGAAGUGUAUCCUUUUUAUUAGGAUUAUGACUCCACAAUUCACAUAUGAAUCCCUUUAUCUGGAGAAAAAAAAUACUAACUAACGUGAUUGAAUUAAUUGAUGAGCACUUUAAAAAGAAAAUCCUUUUAACACCAAUGCGCUACGCUCCACUGCGUAGUUUGUGUUAAAUUUCUGUCUUCUAGCAUUUUCCUAUCAGUUUCCAUAACUUCUAGUACGAAGUUAUUCAGUCCAUCCCAGAACUUAAACUCAUCCUUUUGUUUCUGCGUACUGAGGACCAAAAACAAAACCGCUUUGAACUUUUGAGAUGAAGAAAAGUGACAGCCCCACUGUUGCUUUUUUUGUGUCUAUUGUACAGCUUACGAUGUACAUAUUUAUCUAAAAUGCACUGCUUUCUAAAUGUUUUACAAAUGCCAAGCCAUCUUUAUUUACGUGUACAGAAAUACAGGCUUAUAAAUGUGAAAUUCAACCUCAGAACAGACUAUUUGUGUGUUACUUUUGUGAUUUCUGAAUGUUUGUGAAUAUGAGUAAGAGCUACUGACAGUAAAGCUCUUGUUCAGGUUCCACCAACAUUUAUUAAAGCAUAGGUGCUUUAAUAAUUUUUUUUUUUUUUUUUUUUUAGUUGACUUUCUCCUGAUGCGUAUAAAUCAGGUGUUUUGCACAAUAACCAUGAUACCGGUGUUUGCUCUUAUGUAUCCUGGUUUGAGACAAAUUAAUGUUUUCAAAGUAAGAUAUAGUAAGCCGUUGAAGUUCCUGGUAUCCGUUUGCUUUAGAUCAGUAUUUGUUUUACUGUCAAAUAUGGCACGUACUAAUGUUUCUGACAGGAUAUUUGUUUGUUUUUGUUGCUUUUGAUGCCUUUAAUGUACUUCAUCCCAUCCCCUUAAGAUGCAAAGUGUUACGUUUUCAAAGUGUUGUGUCCUGUUGUUUUGAUUUCAGGAACAGAAAAAACAAAAAAGGAGAUAUUUAUUGUAUUUGUUUUCACUAAGUUUAACUUUAAAAAUUGGCAAAGACAACUAGGUGAUUUCCCGUUUUGUAAGACAGACUAAGAUCAGUUUGAAGAGUAUUAUAAUGUUGUACAGAUUUGCUAACCAAAUUAUCAACCUGAAAACUUGUCCGAGGCCAUCGUGCGAUGAAAACUUCACCAAAAACGUGUGAAUUUUGCAUUUGGAAAUGUUUCCGUUUUCAUUGUGUAUACAUUCCAGCCUUAGGCUUUGCUUGCGUUGCUUUGUACGUUCCGCUGCUGGUUUUCACUUUAAAUUUUGUCAAAAUAUUGCCAAAUAUUUUUUGUAGUCAUUAAUAUUUGUCAGUAGAUUUAAGUAUAAACUUGAAAAUGCAGCUGGUUCUGUGAGAAUAUUGUAACCUCAACAAAAACAGAUCUUACUGGGUGUUGAACGUUUAUUGCUAACUUUUUAUUAAAUGUAAAGCAUUUGUUUCAGGGGAACAACAAGCAUUCCUUCCUAAUGUACUCAGAUAGUACAAAUGAAAUGGUAGGUUUGUCAACUCAGUAUUUGAUGCGUUAGCAAACACAAAGCUAACCAUUAGCUAACUUCAGAUAAACCUACCAGAGCUAGUUAUUAGCUUAACCUUUGGAGCUAACUAACAUUUUAAGCUAAUGCAUGGCUAACAUUAAAGCUUGUUGGCUAUUAAUAACAGAAAUGUUGUUUUAGAUGAAUAUUUGUUUUGGUUUAUUGUCACAAAACUCCAACUUUUAGGUCCAAGGACACUUAGAAAGGUUGUUGGUGGAAAGAAUUAGCAAAAAUAAGUUCCAAUGGGUUAAAUUGGAAUUACAUACAUGAAAAUACAUCAAAUGCAGUUCAUGUGAUGUUACAAUAAUUGACCAGUUCCAGUAAUUCACAUUAGUAAAAUAUAUUUCACCAAAUGUAUUCAUAUGGAGGGAUUUUAUUUAGAAACAAAAAAAUGUGCUAACUUGCCGUUGGCUCCAGUUACAUCUGCGCAGCUAUCAGUCUGUAUUCGGCCAUGCUGUUGAGUGGUCAGUAAAGAGUCCAGAAAUUGAGCUUUGCUCUGAACCAAAACAGUUUCAACCAAGUUUAAAUUGCAUUGGGCCAGUUGAUCAAAAAUUGUGUAUUAGUGUUAAAAUAAAAGAAUAGCCUUUCUUUUCAAAGACCUAAACAAACAUUGUACAACGACAAGGUAAUUUAACUCUGCCGCACUCAAAUAUGCAACACAUCCUGUCAUAAGUUUUUACUAUAUACAAAAAUGCAAUAACAUUCACUUAUCAUCUUCCCAUUAAAACCAUAACACUGCAGUAAUUUACACUUCAACAGCCAACAGGUGUUUUCUGGCAAAGACAGGUUCCUGCUGGUUUACUGUCAUUGGACUGAGCCUGAGAGGAAAAGAAGCAAAUUGUUCAUGUCUUCACGUACCACCGUUAGUCAAAGUUAGUUUCUUCAGUGCUCUCCGGCUCCGUGUCCCUGUUGCUAGGUCUUUAACACUGUAGCUGGAUCACUAAUGAGAAACUUUCCUCCCACACCUUCCACUGGUUGGGAUCAUAACAGAUUCAGUUUCAGACCCACAGUGACUCACGUCUCCACCAGUUCUUUAUCUCUCAGUCUUCUCCAAACCUUUUAUCGUCCCAACACUUUUACUCAAAUCAACUCUCUCUAAACUUGAUUUCUUUCCUUUUCCCUUUAAUUCCUCUAGUUUUUCAUCCUGUUCCUUGAAAUAUUUCUGACAUUUUUUCUUCACCAGUUUGCAAUUGAACUAACCAAGAACUGUCAGAAACAAAAAAACACAGGUUUUUUUUGCAAACUUUAUUGACAAAGGGAAUCUUUUCCAAUGAUGUUAAAGCAUCUUAUCCAGGCAGGAUGCAGAGGAAGAAGGCCUUGUAGUCUUAAGGAAUGAAAAUCUGCUGAAACGUCAUGAGUUGUUGUGUGGGAGAGAGUAAGGUAGACAGGUGGUUAAAAUGCAGUAAAACAGAGGGAUGGAGGUGAAAGACGUAGCUGGAGGCUCUAGGGAAGUGUUAAGUACCAGAUAAAAGGGAUGUUUGGUUUUGCUACGGUAGAUACGAAUCCUCACUUGGAAAAGUUCAAAUUAGGUUUCUAUGGUUAGAGAGAGGAAAUAUGCCGUUGAGUAAAUGAGUAAAUGACAGGAACAGUGAAUAUACUAAAAACAUCUCAAGAGCUUGUUAUUGGACCAAAAAUAAUCCACUGAAA